CUCGGCGGGUUCAAAAAGGGACCUUCCCCAGAAUCUUUCCCCAACCCAGGGUCCUCAAGUCACUUUUUUGCGUCGUUCCACGGAAAUGUCAGAGGUAGAUAUUGUGAAAGAACCCGCAAAGGCGGUUAAGGAUCUCGAAGGGGGCAUCUAUGAGAACUCUUGCAAUCAAAAAGAUGCGACGCUAGACCUAAGAACAAUCAACGCCAGCGAGAGGGCUCUCAUUCUGAAGCAAGAUCUUCGCAUCGUGCCGCUAUGUGCCGGCAUCUACUUACUCUGCUAUCUGGAUCGAUCAAAUAUCGGAAAUGCAAAGGUUCUGAACUCCGAAACGCAUAAUGACCUUUUAUCUGAGACGCAUAUGACUUCGUAUGAAUACACGAUCGCUUUAAUGGUAUUUCUUAUCGCUUACGCCCUCUUCGAAGUUCCAUCGAAUUACUUUCUUAAAAAGCUCAGACCUAGCAGAUGGAUUGCUUUCCUCAUGCUAGCAUGGGGUGCGAUAUCAAUGGGACUCGGUGGCGCGCACACCUACGCACAAGUGACAGGGAUCCGUUUCCUCCUGGGCGUAGUUGAAGCCGGACUCUUCCCUGGUCUAGUCUACUAUCUGACCUUCUGGUAUCGAACUUCGGAACGAUCCAUACGGGUUGCUCUGAUUCUCGCAUCUGCAACACUAGCCGGGGCAUUCAGCGGCGCUAUUGCAUACGGCGUGGGCCACAUCAACGGCGCAAAGGGACUGUCUGCUUGGCGUUGGCUUUUUAUCAUUGAGGGUGCGCCGUCUUGUGCGUCUGCUUUUCUUAUCUGGUUCUUUUUACCGGAUUAUCCAGAAACGGCAAGAUGGCUCACGGCGGAGGAGCGAGAGCUCGCCAUGAUAAGACUCAAAGAUGAAGGUUCGAAGGGCAAUGCAAAAGCGAUGUCAUGGGAGGAUGCUAAGGCUGUUCUGGCUGAUUGGAGGUUAUACGCUCAUUAUGCUGUCUAUUUCGGAAUAUCCGCUCCGUUCUCAAGUUUAUCCCUCUUUACGCCUUCUCUCACAGCAGGUCUGGGUUACUCUAGUCUGCAAGCGCAGCUGAUGACUGUUCCACCAUGGGCCGUCGCAUACGUCGUAACAGUCGCCGCUUCCUGGUCAGCGGAUCAUUUCAAUUCCCGUGGCCUCCACUCUGCCGCAUUCGCCCUCAUUGGAGCAAUGGGCUUCCUAGCAUCUGCUGUCCUCCCUGCAGACGCAUAUCUCCAUCGCUACGGUUGCCUCAUCGUCGCCACCAGUGGCUCUUUCGCAUGCAUCCCGCCCCUACUUGGCUGGCUAUCAUCAAACAUACACUCAACAGCGGGAGCCGGCCUCGCGAUUGCAAUGAACGUUUCGUUUGGCGCGCCAGGCCAGAUCGUAGGUGUGUGGAUAUACAAGGCCAAUGAGGCAAAGAGAGGUUAUCCAACAGGUCACUGGACAAACGCGGCGCUUCUGCUGUUCGUUGCAGUUGGGUGUGUCCUUCUGAGAUUGUAUUAUGGACUCUUGAAUGCAAAGAGGAGCGGGCAGAUGAAUGGCAAGAGGUUCGCAUACUGAGAUCUGAAUGCAGGUUUUAAGAUUAAGGUUGAUCUGGGCGAUGGAAUGCAUGAGAUAUUGCAUAACGGGUAUGCAUGCAAGAAGUCAUAAUUAGAACCGUGACCAAUGGGCGCCCUGUCUUUUUCUGGAAACUUGUUAGUGUUCCACCGAGGGAGCGCAUAG